GUACUGCCCAUCAGAUUACCACUGCAGCCGAACAAAAACAUGCAUUGUGUUCCAAAAUGUUUGCGACGGUAAAAUUGACUGUGAGCACGGCGACGAUGAAGUAGAAUGCGAUAACAAACGCUGUCCAAACAAUUGUUCAUGUACGUACGUCAAGGGCCAAUUCCAGGUAGUGUGUUUACAUGAUUGGGGACCAGAUGAUCUACAAGACAUCGCGAAAAUCACCGUGGCACUCCGGCUAACUCGGCAAAAGAACCACAGUUCCGUUCAACUCGUACCGGGACUUUUCAAAGAAUUGAAGCUUCUUCGAUCUCUCUCUGUCCCCUACAAUAAGCUACGUAAUAUCCCACCAGGAGCCUUCUACGGCUUGGGAAAUCUUACAUAUCUCAAUAUUUCCGGGAAUGAGAUGACUGAGAUAGUAGCCGACACAUUCAGUGAACUCCAGAACCUCGAAGCGCUGGUCAUUACGGAUGCACCAGAAUUGCGAAUUGCAGCUAAGAAUGCAUUCACUGGUCUUUACAAUCUGAAAACCUUGGUCCUGGUUCGAGACAUAGGCGACGAUGACCCAUUAGAUGCGAAAUACGGAGCCUUUUCCUCCCUACCUGCUUCUACAAAAGCUGUUGUUGAUGACUACCGACUUUGCUGCAGUCUCCUGAGAGAUAUUCCAGGCUUCCAGAUCAGCAACUGUCAUACCACACAGUCACAGCCCCCGCUCAACCUCUGCGGUUCCCUCAUGCAGAACUACGGACUGCGCGUGUGCAUGUGGGUCCUUGGGAUUAGCGCCCUCUUUGGCAACUUUGUGGUAAUCGUUUGGAGGCUUCGGCACAAGGAAGGAAACGAAGUCAAGAAGACUCACUCUUUGCUGAUAGCUAAUCUUGCCGUGUCUGAUUUCAUCAUGGGAAUGUACAUGUUGAUGAUAGCCGCUGCCGACAUCCACUACGGGGAGCGGUACUCCACUCAAGCGGCGCAGUGGCGGUCCAGCGCGCCGUGUAAGGUAGCCGGGGUGUUGUCCGUUCUGUCAAGUGAGGCCUCGGUGUUCUUCGUCACAAUGAUCAGUCUUGAUUGCCUCCUGGGAAUCGUGUUUCCCUUCACCAGGAUGAAGCUCGGAGAGACAUCUGCCAACAAGUUCAUCGUAGCGGGUUGGGUGGCGGCUCUCUGCUUAAGCAUCGUACCGACUCUAGUCGUAGACUCCAACUCGGACGUCUACGGUCUAUCAGACGUCUGCAUCGGCCUGCCCCUGACCACCAAGGCGGACGGUGUCCAGCUGGAGCCCAGUGACGUCAACAAUCCGUUCGGGGACGCAGACGCCUUGCAGAUCGUCUCUUCGACCGGUCAGAAACCAGCCUGGAUCCUGUCAAUCGUCAUGUUUCUCGGCAUCAAUCUCUGCUGUUUCCUGGUUAUCCUUGUCUGUUACGUCGCCAUCUUCAUCAAGGCCAAGCGGUCUGCUAGCAAGAUCAGAAAGAACUCCAACCGGGACAGCGAGAUCAAAAUGGCCUUCAAGAUGGCGCUGAUCGUCGGUACGGACUUUGCCUGCUGGAUGCCCGUCAUCAUCCUCGGUAUCCUGUCUCAGACCGGGGCGGUGCAUGUCGGUGCUGAGGUCUACUCCUGGAUCGUAGUCCUCGUCCUACCCAUCAACUCCUCUCUCAACCCUUACCUGUACACGAUCUAUUCGUCUGUCAUGGCCAAGCGCAGCGUGCAGUCCAGUAACGUGAAGUCGAGUAAUAAAGUUUCGAAACCCAAAACUGGAUCAAUCGAAACAGUAAACUCCUCCUUGUCAGACAGCAAAACAUAAUUGAUUUACACUUAUUGUAAGCGCAUGCAUUGCAGGUGCUGAAAAUCACCUUACGUUUGCAUUGGAUAUGUUCUGAACCGCAGAACUCCAAAUGACGCCUAUUAAUAACUUAUUGAAAUAACAUCGAUUACAACAUGUGUAUUUGAACUAAUUAAAAAUAUACAGAAGCGUACGGCCGCCGUAAGAAGCAAGUGACCUAUGGGCUCCGUGCACAAAAUACUUUUUCAACGGCCACAAAAGGAGAGUUGAGGGUAGACCUAGACUUUUCCCCGGUCAAUCCACUGCGUUUUUCUAACGAUCCAUAGUUAUUGUGGGUGGGGAUUAGCCUGGGAGACAUUUCAGGAAGUCGAGCGUUUUUUGUGCGUGAACCCGUACAGUACAGACGCACACGCUGUGUCUCCCGUCCAAGAUUCUCUCACAACUGGAAAAAACACGCCCUCUUUCGUUGGCGCACAGAGCCCAUAAGGAAAGGAAAAGGCCAUUUGCUGCACGCCAGUCACCACUUUGGAAACACUGUUUGGUUGAAUCAUCAGAAACUCAAUGCGUGUUAAACACAUCGUUAACGUUAGGCGGCCGCACACGAGAUCAAUCUUCUAAACAAACAAAAAAAUAUUCGUGCCCGUUUGCUCAGCACUAACCUCACAAAAUGUUACCAAUUCUUGCUGCGUUUUCUGCCUCUCCAGGCUGUGAGGGCGCACUUUUUGAUUUGUUUUAACUAGGGACAAAGAAUCGUUUGCAUUAUAUGUGUAUUUAUGGACUUGCGUUACUCGAACUCAAAAUGAAUACACAUCUAACUGAAACAACCAAUCUCCAUUUUCAUGGGCAAAACAUUUGCCUUUUCUCCGGUCAGAGGUGGAAUCGAGAAUGACGCGACGCCAAACUAAUGCGUGCUAUUUACAUGUACACGGAAGACCUUUCCACCAAUUACCGCCAGUUAUUCACGCGUUCAGCGUGUGACGUAAUCGUAAACAACCACAUAAGGGAUCUUCUUAAAAAAUGUCGAGGUGUCUGCGCGUCCAUAAACCUGAUUAAACUGCGCUUAAUCAUCAUUUAUUCAUUAUCUCUUUUUUUUUCAAAGUUUCAGCUUAUCGGUAUACUCGUAACAAAUUGUGGUACAUGUUUAUUUGAACUAAUGUAAAAAAAAAAUGCGUUAAAUGUGCAGUGCUUCAUAUUUGAAGAAUGUAAUGGUAUUUAAAUAAAGUACAUGCCUCAGAGGCUAUUCUUGUUUAAUUAGUAUGGUAAAAGUGUAAUUGUCAAG